UGAGCGGCGAGUAGUCGCGCACCGGCCGUAGACACGCUCGCGCGCGCCCUCACAGCCUGCAGCGGAACUCCUCGCGGUCUGGAUGCCCGCCAGCCAGUCGGAAUGACCGGUUCGCGACCCGACCGGCCUAUCUGUGCUCUCGCGUGUUCGCCAAGUACUAGUGAUUUCUCGAAUUGGUGCAUCUGAGUGAGUGACGCCGGGAACCGGGACGAGUCGCGUGGACGCGUUUGCGAUGCCCCGAAUUACAUUUAAUGGGCAAAAAUAGCAGCACAAAUGAUAAUAAUUAGCAACAUUACGUGACAAGAAAUAAUUAACAAAAUGAAAAACAGUGAGGAGUGUUUAAACUGACUGGAAGACAUUAAACGAAGUGUGAUAUUUAAAUAAAUUAUUUAUAUAAAUUGUGAAUAUAGACUAACUCAGACGAAUGUAUAUAAACGUAGUGCUAGAGAGAUACAUAAGGCAGUAUUUGGAAGAGCUAACCCGUAGGCCGUGGAAGACAUCCAGGAACGGCGUUCGCAGGCAUGGGAAUCAAAGUCAUGAUGAAAGCUUUUAAUAAGCCUAAAGACAUCCCGUCACAGGUGCCGCCGCUCACGCCCGGCACCAACAAGAAGAUGGCCGAAGCGCUGAAGGCUACCUUCGCCUCGUGGGAGAAGGAGCAGCUGCGCCUCGGCGUACCCAAAGAUCCUCGACAAUGGAGCGAGGCGGCCGUGGCGGCGUGGCUCCGCUGGGCCGCGCGGGAGUUCUCCCUGGAGGGAGUGGCGCUGCAGCAGUUCGCGCGCGCGCAGGGCAAGGACAUCUGCGCCAUGGGCAGGGAGGAGUUCGUCGCCCGCGCGCCCGCCUUCAUGGGCGACAUACUGUGGGAGCAUCUAGAGAUAUUACAGAAAGAUGUGGAGAAGGAGAGGUCUCUACUCGCAAACGUGCCCCCGAACAUGUACGAGAGCAACGUGUGCCUGCCCGAGCUGCCCGACUACCUGCCGCCCCCCGCACACCACUACAACAACAACAACAACACCGGUACUUAUAUAAACCUGGAAUCAUCCCGAUCGAGACCGCGGGCGACGUCUAGCGGCUACACGACGGGUGGCCCCCGGGAGACGAGCACGUACUACACGGAGGGCGGCGCCGCGCCCCCCGCGCCGGCGGCGGCGUCGCCCCUGGACGAGUACUACCAGCCCGAGUACCCGCCCGCGCCGCAGCCCUACCUCGACGAGUACUACCACCACCAGCACGCGCACCAACAGCCCCCCAUACACGAGCACAAGUACCAGCCACCGCAGUACACCAAGCCCUACCCUAGAACGGCGGGCGCGCGGUACGGGGGCGGCGAAGUGUACGGGGAGGGGUACGCGGCGGAGUACGGCGGGGUGGAGUGGGGGGAGUGGGCGCCUGACCAGCACGCGCUGAUCCCCCAGGACAAGCUGUCCUACCCCGCGGCCGGGCCAUGCUUCACUGGUUCAGGGCCGAUCCAGCUGUGGCAGUUCCUGCUCGAGCUGCUCACCGACAAGAGCUGCCAGGGGUUCAUCUCGUGGACCGGCGACGGCUGGGAGUUCAAGCUCACCGACCCCGAUGAGGUUGCUCGGCGCUGGGGCAUCCGCAAGAACAAACCGAAGAUGAACUACGAGAAGUUGUCGCGCGGCCUGCGGUACUACUACGACAAGAACAUCAUACACAAGACCGCCGGCAAGCGCUACGUCUACCGCUUCGUCUGCGACCUCCAGAGCCUGCUCGGAAUAUCGCCCGAGCAGCUGCACGCCAUGUACGAACCCAAGAUGGAGAAGAAGGAUGACGACUGAAGUGUGGGCGGAGCGCCCGCCCCCGCCCCCUGCACACCGUUCACCCGCGUCGGCUUUGAUCUCAUGAACCAGUGGACUAGUGUAGUGGUGAAUGGUUCUAAUAUAAGUACCAACCGACGGUGCCUUAACGUUGUUGAUAUUGUUUUCUACUUUCGUACGCGUACUUCAAAUAUAUCAGCCGCGCGGAGGCCGCGCUGUGUAAACCUUUGCCCGCACAAUAUAUAAUACUGUAUAACUUUUGUAUUAUUUCAACGAUUAUAUGCUACAGAUUUUUUAAAUAGGUAUUCGAUACCGAUAGGAAAUUGUAAAGUUGGAGUCUUGCAUUGUGUUGCUAAAUAUUUAUGCCGUAGAGUAUACGAAUAUGUGAUAUAUUUAAUAAUUUAAAUUAAAAUAAAACUCGUCGUCGCCGCGACGUGCGUGCCCCGUCAGCGUCGUAUAUUUGAAGUACCGCCCUGUAACAGUACUAGAUGCUGUCUCACUCACUGUAUUGAUAGUUCAGCCGAGAUAUUCGCUAUCGAUUUAAUAAUAUUGUACAUAUAAGUUAAUUUUGUUACUUUUAAUAUUAUUAGCUAUUAUUCUGUAGUAGUGGUAAGUGUUGUAUGUUUGAUUCGCAAACUGCUGCAAUAUGCGAUUGAAUUUAUUCAUGACGACGACGGACUCGAAAAUAUAUUUUGUUCAGAUCAAAGUCCAAAGAUAGAUGAAUCUUUUAACGUGUCUUCGCCCACCAAUUGGUAAAGCUUAGUGUGAAAUUACCAAAGGGCUUGAGUCGAUCGCGUGCGCUCGCCUCGGUCGCGGGAGCGGGCGACCGCCGGCCGCGACCGCGACAACCGCGACGCCGCACGUCGCUGAUCUCGUGGUAAGGGAUUAUAAAGUUUUACUAGUUACGAAAUUAAUUAGUUGUAUUAUUUUCAAUUUUUAUAGAUCCUAGCAUACACCGAAGAUAUUUGGAUAAGUUUUAUUUUGUAAAGUAUUACCUUCCUCCAUCAAUAUGAUACUUCCGUGCUGUAGGCUGUAGCUCGCGACCGAGCACCGAGGUGCUGUGUACUCGAUGUUGAUAUAUCUAUAAUCUAGCGAUGUCUUCCCCGUGUUAGCGAAUAUAUUUAUCUCGAUAUGACGAUUGACUACAUACAAAAUCGGUAACGAAAAUUGUUGGUAGUAUAAAUAUUUCAUUCAUAAUAUUAUAUAGAACAAUUCGAUGUAUAAUAGAUCAGUGUUGUAUGUAUUGAUGGAAGAUAUAAAAUUAAAUAUUAUAUAUAUUUACGAAACUA